GUUCAUCGGGUGCCUCGAUUACGUGGGUUGUCGGCCCUAGAGGGUGUGGCAAGACUACUGCGAUAAUGUCGACACCUGUACAGGCUUCGCAAGCUGUUGCACUACAAUUUGACUUCCUCAGCACGGAGGAGCAAGAUUUGGAUGAGCUGGGGAGAGGUAUGGAAGAGUCGUUACGGAAGCAAAUCGUGCGGGCCUGGUUCAAGGAGUGGACGAUAGAAGGAGUAUAUGAGGGCAUUGCUGACUUCUAUCGACUUUAUUUAGGACGAGAAUUUGAUGAGCUAGUACGGCAAAACGCUACUGGGUAUAAGCUGUGGGCGCUCACAGUUCAGCACGGCGGGAACAAUACGGGUGAAGGCGCAUUAGAACUAGGCACCAAAAUACUGAGCCACACCCUUAUUGCCAACAGCGUCCCCGAUAGGACCUCUGUCCCAGUCAAGUUGCUGCUGUUCCUCUCCAAUCGAAUGUUGAAGAAGGAUCAGAAACUAGCUUUAUGCUUGUACGUCCAGUGGCUUGCAGUAGCUCCAUGA